AUGGUCCUGCCCUGCGCCCUGGUGGCUGUCCUCCUAGCUGCCGGCCACGCAGCCAACCCUUGCUGCUCAAACCCCUGUCAGAACAGAGGAGUAUGCAUGACAACAGGAUUUGAUCAGUAUGAAUGUGACUGUACAAGGACAGGGUAUUACGGGGAAAACUGUACCACACCGGAAUUCUUCACAUGGCUGAGGCUAACAUUGAAACCUUCACCAAAUACUGUCCACUACAUCCUUACCCACUUCAAAGGAGCCUGGAGUAUCAUCAACAACAUACCCUUCUUACGCGAUGCUAUUAUGAGAUAUGUAUUAACAUCAAGAUCACACUUGAUCGACAGCCCACCAACUUACAACAGUGAUUAUAAUUACAAAAACUGGGAAGCUUAUUCCAACCUUUCCUAUUACACAAGAAGCCUUCCACCAGUAGGACUUGACUGUCCAACACCAAUGGGUGUGAAAGGUAAGAAAGAGCUCCCAGAUUCCAAGCUGAUUGUGGAAAGGUUUUUGCUAAGGAAAAAAUUUAUUCCUGACCCACAAGGCACAAAUGUGAUGUUCACAUUCUUUGCCCAACACUUCACUCAUCAGUUCUUCAAGACGGACCACAAGAAAGGACCUGGCUUCACCAAAGCUCUCGGCCAUGGGGUUGACUUGAACCAUAUUUAUGGAGAGACUCUGGAGAGGCAACUUAAACUGAGACUUCUGAAGGAUGGAAAGCUAAAAUACCAGAUGAUUGAUGGAGAAAUGUACCCACCAACAGUGAAGGACACUCAGGCAGAGAUGAUCUACCCUCCUCACAUACCAGAACACUUGCAGUUUUCUGUUGGGCAGGAGGUGUUUGGCUUGGUCCCAGGCUUAAUGAUGUAUGCUACAAUAUGGCUGAGGGAACACAACCGGGUCUGUGACAUCCUGAAACAGGAGCAUCCGGAGUGGGAUGAUGAGCAGCUGUUCCAAACUACUAGACUCAUAUUGAUAGGAGAGACAAUCAAGAUCGUUAUUGAGGACUAUGUACAACACUUGAGUGGCUACCACUUCAAACUCAAGUUUGAUCCUGAGUUGCUGUUCAACCAGCGAUUUCAAUACCAGAACCGAAUUGCAGCUGAAUUUAAUACUCUCUACCACUGGCACCCACUUCUGCCUGACACUUUCCAAAUACAUGACCAGGAGUACACUUUUCAGCAGUUCCUCUACAACAACUCCAUAAUGCUGGAACAUGGCCUUUCCCAUAUGGUGAAAUCUUUCUCCAAGCAAAGUGCUGGCAGGGUUGCUGGUGGGAAAAAUGUUCCUGCUGCAGUACAGAAAGUAGCGAAGGCUUCAAUUGACCAAAGCAGACAAAUGAGAUACCAGUCCUUGAACGAGUACAGGAAACGCUUCAUGUUGAAACCAUUCAAAUCAUUUGAAGAACUUACAGGAGAAAAAGAAAUGGCAGCUGAACUGGAAGAGCUUUAUGGAGACAUUGAUGCUAUGGAGCUGUACCCAGGCCUUCUUGUAGAAAAGCCACGACCAGGUGCCAUCUUUGGUGAAACAAUGGUGGAGAUUGGAGCACCAUUUUCUCUGAAAGGACUCAUGGGAAAUGCUAUCUGCUCCCCUGAGUAUUGGAAGCCUAGCACCUUUGGUGGAAAAGUUGGAUUUGAAAUAAUCAAUACUGCAUCCUUACAGAAGCUCAUCUGCAACAAUGUGAAAGGCUGUCCGUUCACAGCUUUCCACAUCUUAAAUCCUGAACCCACAGAGGCAACUAUUAAUGUUAGUACCUCAAAAACAGCAAUGGAAGACAUCAAUCCCACACUACUACUGAAAGAACGAUCUGCUGAGUUGUAAAAAUCCAUCUAUUUAUUUAUUUAACUAUAUAAUUUAUUCUAUUUAUGGCU